AUUUCAACGGGCGCGGAAAAUAUACUCGAAGGGGAUCUCUCGCUGCCUCUGCUCUCUGCACCGCAUUCCUCUUCUGCCGCCCGCGCGGCUCGUUCUUCGCCUUCGUGUUCGUGUUCAUAUUCGUGACUGUCACUGUGACUGCGACUGCGAGUGUGACAGUAACUGUGUGUGAGCGUCGCGCAAGUGAACGACAAUCGAAACGACAAACUUUUUUAAUAUCCAGUGAGCGGCGAUGCACCGAAAUAAAUCGGCGGCGUAAAAAAGCACAGCACAACUCAAACGGCCGCACGGACCCAUGGAAAUAAGACGGGUGCCGACCGAAUCUAAAUUUUCCCAGCGAGCAGCACUUUUUUUUAUGCCAGACCUGUGACAAAAAACGAAACAACAAAAUUCUAAAAAAACUCUGGAACUCUGCAGCAAACAAGUGAAAUUAAAUAGUGAAAUAUUAAACAAUACUCAACCCUCCACGGUUCUACGCGCGAGGACUCGCUUUUUGAGCGAAAAAAAAAGAAAAGAAAGCAUAUCGCGUAGGGAGACGGUGACGGAGAGACCCGCCGUAGUCAUGGAGCACAUGAUGAAUCCGUUCAUGUCACCCGCUUAUCUGCUCGGCCAUGGCCCACAUCCCCACCAGCAUCCCCCUCAUCCGCACCAGCACCAGCAUCAUGCCUCCUCGCCGGCCAGCUCACCCGGUGGCUCCAGCGGCUCUGGCUCUGGCUCGGGCUCGGGCUCCGCAUCCGGUUCUGGUGUUUCCUCUUCGAAGCCGAAGCGCUGGGGCUCGCCGCCCAUUAACCUGGCCGGACAGUUCAUCAACCCGGCGACGGGUAAGAAGCGCGUCCAGUGCUCCAUCUGCUUCAAGACCUUCUGCGACAAAGGCGCCCUGAAGAUCCACUUCUCGGCGGUGCAUUUGCGCGAGAUGCACAAGUGCACGGUGGAGGGUUGCAACAUGGUGUUUAGCUCGCGACGCUCCAGGAAUCGCCACAGCGCCAACCCCAAUCCCAAGCUCCACUCGCCGCACAUCCGGCGCAAGAUCUCGCCGCAUGACGGACGCACGGCCCAGCAGUUCCCCGUCUUUCCGCCCGGAGCGGCCGCCGCAGCUGCUGCCGCUGCCGCCGGACGUCUGCCAGCCGCCUUUCCUGGAUUGCUGCCUCCGCCGCCGCCGCACCACCACGGUCACCAUCCGUACGUGAUGUUCCCGCAUGGCCUGGGCCUGCUGCCUGGCUGCCAGGACCUGUGCAAGGCAGAUCCCGAGGCAGACACCGAUCCGGAGGCCGAUGCCGAGGAUGACGGCGACUUUGUGUACGUGGACAUGCAGGCCAAUAGCUCCAGUCCGGCGGCCUUUAGCGAGGAGGAACCGGACCAGGACCAGGAUCAGGAUCAAGAUCAGGAUGCGGACCCAGAUCAGUAUCAGGAUCAGGAGCCGGACGAGGAAAUGCACUGCGGACUGAGCCUGGCCAGCAGCAGCCGGAGCAGCAGCAGCCGCUGCAGCGUCGGCGCGGACGAGGAGCGCGCGGACCAGCCGCUGGACUUUAGCCUGCACAAGCGCUGCAAGUCGGAGGCCGACCAGGACCAGGAGGUUAAGCGGGAGCGCGACUGGGAGCGGGAUCAGGAGCAGGAGCAGGAAUCGGAGAAGGAGCACGAGCUGAAGCGGGAGAAGCGCUCGCCGAGUCCCUGCGGUGGAGCCUUCUCCAUGGAGCGGCUGCUGGGCAAGCGUAAGCGCCACGACAGCAAUGCCUCGAGCUCCGGCGGUUCCACUGUAGCCGCUGCUGCCGCCGCCGCCUGCUCCUCGGGCUCCUCUCUCCUCCCAGAGACGAGCAUCAAGAUGGAGCUGGACCAGGAGGGCGACAGCAUGGAUCUGUCCCGUCGGCGCCCAGUGUUGCCGCUGCCCGUGCUGGACCUUGAGGAGCAGCACCACCUCCGGCUGCUGCAGACGCAGAUGUUCGCUGCCGCAGCUGCCGCCGCUGCUGCCCAACCGCCCACCGCCUUCCUGCCGCCGACUGGAUCUCCCGUGGAGCUGCCCAAGGGCUCGCCGCCCAUGUGGAGCCUGCUCUCCGAGAUGUACCGCUCCAUGCUACUCAAGACGCAGCAGCAGCAGCAGCAACACCACCACCAGCAGCAGCAACAGCAUCAGCAGUUGCAGCAGCAGCAGCAGUUGCACCAGCAACAGCAGCACCACCUCCACCUGAGCCACUUGAGUCUGGAUCGGCAUCGCCACCACCACCACCACCUGGGCCAGCACCACCAGCAGCCGCAGCCUCAGCAGUCGCCGGCGGCGACGAAUGCCGCCAUCUCCGUCUAGCUCUAGAGGAUGUCCUUAGUCAAAUGUGUUUUUAUUUAGAAUCCCGGGGAUGCGUUGGCUGGCAACGGGUGUGGGAAGCGGGCGUGUGCAAAGCCCGGCCAUUAAAUGGUCGGCACUCCUCCUCAGGCACGUCCCCGUGCCGCCGUCCACCACCGUGCGUCGUCGUCGCCUGUGUCGUCCUCACCAAACUGGAAUUGCUCCGAAACUUAGCUUUUUUUCCACGUACUUGUGUUAUAUACAAUUUUUUUUUUUUUUUUUUUAACGUAUUUAUA